AUGGGGAGAGAGCUCCACAGCAUGGUAUUCAGAGCGGAAGCCAUGCUGCUACGACUGUGGUUGACGUUUUCAGCAGACGAGGUGACGUCAACCAGGAGAGCUGCGAUCAUGCAGCAUUUUCGCGACACAUACGCGUACAUAUCUCACAUCAAGAUGCACUUGGAAGGAAGAUAUGGAAUGGAAUUCGGAGUGGAGUACACGACGUACAAGAGCGUCAGGGACCUCAGGUUGGCCCAAAACAAAUGGCUAUACAACAGAAAGCACGUAAAAUCAACUCAUAAGGUUCUGUAUGCCAAGCGUGAGGACCCCAAGCUGGACAUCGAGGUGUCGUCAUUGUACCUAACGUGUGGAAUACUCAUUCUGGAAGACAAUGCGAAGGCAGCAGAGCUUCAGGACAGGAAUCUGCAGUGGAUGAUUUCGUCGAAGAAAUGCACAACAUUCAACAACGCCAAGAACGUGUAA